GUGUGCUCUAGGCCUUGUGUGCCCCGGGCUCCGUGUGCUCCAGGCCUCGUGUGCUCCGGGCUCCGUGUGCUCCGGGCCUCGUGUGCUCCGGGCUCCGUGUGCUCCGCGCUCCGUGUGCUCCGGGCCUCGUGUGCUCCGGGCUCCAUGUGCCCCGGGCUCCGUGUGCUCCAGGCCUCGUGUGCCCCGGGCGUCCGUAAUCCGGGGGCUUCGCCCUGAGCGCCAGGGAUCUGUGAAGGCCGUAAAUUCCUCCGCACAACGUCAGGAGAGCGUUUUGCGUUUUCCAGUGUGUAAAAUGGGAGAAUGCGACUGCAUUACCUUCCCGGCUAGACUGCUGUUUAGGGCACAGAUACAGCGCAGCUCGUGCCUAAUGGGGGUCAGCAGAGGCCCCUGGCAGAGCGAAGGACACAGUCGUCUGAGAUGCGGCCGGGCUCCGGGCGACUCCCUGGCCUCUCACCUCCAGCAGCCUCACUGAAGUCCACCAAGUGCACCUUCCUUACGCUGUUCACAAGUUCUGGGUGUGGUUGUCAGGUUCUGGUGAUGUUGUCUUUUCUAGCUGCUGUGUAGAGAGCUUCCGACCAGUGAAUCCAGGAUCUGGGAGCAAGCCACAGCAGUCUUGUCAUGACUCUAGUCCAUUCGCCUUCUCUCCCAGCUAUUUUUCCAGAGUCCUCUAUGCUUUUCCAAGAGCAGCAGAAGAUGAAUACAUCUCUGGAGUUGGUGUCGUUUGAGGAUGUGGCUGUGAACUUCACUUGGGAGGAGUGGCAGGACCUGGAUCAUGCUCAGCGGACCCUGUACAGGGUCAUGAUGCUGGAGACCUACAGUAGCCUGGCAUCUUUGGAUGUCCAGACUGCAAAUGACCUGAUGGAGACCCAACAGGAGCAUCAGAGCAGACGUUUGUGGCAAUUUGGAUUCUCCAACCAGGAAACAUCAACUGAGGAGAGAACCGACUUGGGAAAACCAGUUCAUUUGAGUGCAAUCCACAUCUCAAACCUGAUUAUAAAUGAUGGAAACUAUUCAGGAACGAAGCCAGAGGAGUUUAACAUGUGUCAGGACAUGUUUCUCCCCAGUGAGCCUGAUGAGAUACAUGAUAGAAAGAAGCCUAAGGACAGUUAUAUGACUGGGAAGCCCCUCAGGUGUUCUGGGCCUCUUAGUUGUCAUCAGAAGGAUCAGACUUUGCAGCCACUUGUUGAAUUUGUUGGGCAAGGGAAAGGCUUCAACAAGGAGACAACAUUCUUUACCUGUAGCAGGGCUUACACUGGAGAGACUGCCUAUAAAUACUGGAGAGCCUGUGACAAAUCUGCUCUCCUUGCCCAAGAGAGAACUUCCAUGAGGGAGAAUCCCUGUAGAUAUAACGAAUGGGGGAACACCAUUUGUGUGAAACCAACACAACUGAAUCUUUCUAGAGCUGAUUUUGAGGAACAUCACCAUAAAUGUAAUCAAAAUGGGGAUAAUUUCUGCAAGGAAUUACACCUCCCUCGGUUUUCAAGGACUCAGCUAGGAGAGAAAACUUUUGAAUGUGAUGUAGGUGGUAAAACUUUCUACAAAAAGUCUAAUCUCAGUAAACAUCAGAAAAUACACGCAGGAGAGAAACCCUAUAAAUGUAGCGAGUGUGAGAAAACCUUCAUCAGUAAGACAGUUCUUACAGUCCAUCGGAGAACUCAUACCGGGGAGAAACCCUAUGCAUGUAUCAAAUGUGAGAAAUCUUUCUGCCGUAAGUCACACCUAACUGUUCAUCAGAGAAUCCACACAGAAAAAUCAUAUGAGUGUUAUUAAUGUUGGAAAUCCUUCUCUGUGAAGACAAAACUCACUCUACAUCUGAGAACACACACAGGGCAGAAACGCUAUGAAUGUAAUGUGUGUAGGAAGUUCUUUUACCAGAAGUCAGCCCUCACUGUACAUCAGAGGGUUCACAAUAGGGAGACACAUCAUGAGUGCAUUGCUUGUGGUAAAACCUUCCAUAAGAAGUCAAUUCUCACUGCACAUCAGAGAACUCACACAGGAGAGAGACCAUAUGAAUGUAAAGAAUGUGGGAAGUCCUUUGGCCAUUGCCCAGCUCUUACUGUCCAUCAGAGAACUCACUCAAGAGACCAACCAUAUAAAUGUAAUGAAUGUGGGAAAUCCUGUGUAAAGCCAAAGCUCACUGUGCAUCUGAGACUUCACACAGGUGAGAAACCGUAUGAAUGUAAGGAAUGUUGGAAAACCUUUUGUGAGAAAUCAGCUCUGAAUAGACAUCAGAGAACUCACACAGGAGAGAAACCCUAUGGGUGUAAAGAAUGUAGGAAAACUUUCUACCAGAAGUCAGCCCUGACUGUGCACCAGAGAACUCCUACAGGAGAGAAACCCUAUGAAUGUCAUGAAUGUGGAAAAACUUUCUCUCAGAAAUCACACCUCAGCAAACAUCAGAGAACUCACACUGGGGAGAAGACAUGUAUUACAGAGACUGGCUAUGUGUAUGUCAAAACUCACUUUCUCUUUGUGUUGGGCACACAGCCUUCAUUCCUCAGCCUCCCUUAACUGUGGGUGGAACCAUGUAAUUGACUUCUGGCCAAGAGGAUAUGAAUAUAAAUUACGAACAUUACAUCUAUGACUUGCCACCAAAAAAACUUACUUGCAUUUGCUGAUUUUUUCAUUCCCUGUGCUCCUGAAGCACAGAUUACACACAAGUUUGUUUUGGGGCCACAGGGUGGAGAUCACAGCCAUGACUUAGGGCAGAAAGAAUUGAAUGGGGAGGGCAGAGGUCUUCUCAACUCUACCUCAGAAAUCUUUGCUUAUAUUUACCUGAGUGAGAAGUGUUCACUGUUGGACCCUUUUAUGUGCCCUAUUGACACAUCUACAACACUACCAGUCCACUGUAGUGAGUUCACUUUAGGAUUUUGAGAUAGGAGAGGAGUUACCAAUCCGUGUGUAGGAAAUUCACACAGGAAAGAACCUGUGGGUCAUCUUUUAAACCCAAGUCAAUGUAUGGAAAAAUUAAAGAAAUACAGGAAGGAAGAAUCCAAUAAAGGUAGGAAUGCCUUUAUCAGACAGAGAUGACUCACUAAGAUGAGCACUUAGAAUAAAGUGAAACCUUAUAAAUAUCUUUUAUUUGUCCAAGUUUUCAAGAGAACGAAUUUUGUGUUUAUCAGUGAAUUUCUCAUGAAGGGAAAAUGAUCAGUUUCAGCAAGGUUUAUAAAAACUCAGCUAGAAAUGAUAAUGUAUUGAAAAAAAGUUUUCUAAACAGUAUAGACCAUUGGUUAUUGGGAGUGAUUUUAGCUUCCAAGGGGACAUUUACCAGUACUACUGCUAAGUAGCCAGUGUCCAUUCUGCAUUUCUUUAGUCUGUAGUUACAGGGCCCAUGAAGACUCUAAGUAGUGGAGAAAUAGAUUUUAACUAUUGAAAGAAGGGCAUCUUACAAAAGAGUAUGUGGGAUGGGACAUAGUAAUGUGGCCAUUUUUGGAAAAUUGAGUGGAUACAAUCUGCUUUCUGGCGAUAGAGUUCACAUCACUUACAUAUAAAAACUGUAUUAAAACUCAAGGAUUGGGCAGCCCUGGUGGCUUAGCAGUUUAGCGCUGCUUGCAGCCCGGGGUGUGAUCCUGAAAACCCGGGAUCGAGUCCCAUGUCGGGCUCCCUGCAUGGGGCCUGCUUCUCCCUCUGCCUGUGUCUCUGCCUCUCUCUCUCUGUGUGUGUGUGUCUCUAUGAAUAAAUAAAAACUUAAA